AUACACAUAACAAAGAUAAUGAACAUGAAGAAAAAACUUUCGCUCAUCAAAAAUGGAACAUCGAGGAAAACAACAUUCAAUAAAAGGAAGCCAAGGUUGAUGAAGAAAUUCACCGAACUGGUGACUCUCUAUGAUGUCAAAGCAUGUGCGGUCAUCCACAGUCCGUACAACUCAAACCCUGAGGUUUGGCCGUCAAGAGAAGGUGUUGAAGAAGUAGUGUCGGAGUUUAUGGAGGUUUCCAGGAAAGAUCGGAACAAAAAAAUGAUGGAUCAAGAUGCUUUUUUGCGUCAGAGGAUUGAAAGUGAACAAGCGCAAUUGGAAAAAUUGCGUGAUGAAAACCGAGAUUUGAAGACUCGGGAAAUUAUGUGGGGUUGUCUCGAAGGAGAUAUUGAUGUGCAUCAACUUGGUGAAAAAGAUCUUCAAGAUUUGAGUUCUACUAUUGAUAACUAUCUCAAUUGCGUUACUAACAGGUUUGAGAACCUUAAGAAGAAUGGUGAGUCUUCUUCUUCUUUACCUCCUCUUGUUGUUCCAGAUCUUAAUGUUGAAGAGGAUGGGGACAUUCCUUCCAUUGAUGGCAGCACCCACCAAUCCGAAACUAAUCGUCUCGCUAUAAUAACUACCACCGCUGCUGAUGCUUGUGCUCCUAACAUCACCAAUAAUCCUAAGUCCUAAGGGGAUUCUUAUCCGAUUGAAGAAUUGAAUCAUUUGCAUUUUUAUUGUCUUUCAUUUUAAAAGUUAAAAUUUCAAGUGAUCUUUUUUUUUGUUUUCUGGUCUUUGUAAUAAUUAAAAGUUUUUCCU